GCAGUGAAACACAUUUUUAUUCAUUGUGUUACAACAGCAGCUAGACCCUCCAGCCAAGCUCAAGGCCCUGUUGUGCUAGGUGCUGCAGUGGCAGUCUCUGCCCUGAAGCACUUACAACCUAAACAGACAAGGGGGCAGGCAAAAGGAAGGAUUGUUACCCAGAUUUGACCAAUGGGGAAACUGAGGCACAGAGCGAGUCAAUGAACGGUCACAGAGCUGGGACGUAAACUCAGAUCUCUUGAGCCAAUGAACGCGCCAAACCAAUUUGUUCAAAUUCAGCGUAAACAGGUCCCACCGUAUGCAAACAGCUGCAUCACUGACCUGCUUCUCUUUGCCAUCUGUCCUAACAUGAGAGCUUGUAGUUAUCAUGGUCUGCAGUGUGUUGCUAUUCCAGGCAGGAUGAAUCCCAGCACCUGUGUUGCUUCAUUUGCUUGUUUCGGUCUCUAACACAAUCACUGGCUAAGUGGCUCGGUUUGUGUUCGUGAGUCCUAGGCAGGUCUUGUCUGUCUCUAGGUCUUUCUCUUGCCUGAAUUGCUGCAUUCAUGUGUGUGCAGCCUUCAUCUAAGCUGAUAACCUUGCUUAUGAGCUCGUCACUUCUUUCUUCCUUGGCGGGUUUGCAGGAAUCAAAUUCCCUCGCGCAGCGGCUGGUGGGGCACGGCCAGAGAAUCGGUUCCUGAGUAAUGAGAAGAUGGACACCUUCAGCACCAAGAACUUGGUUCUGCAAGCUCAGAAAAAGCUCCUGAGCAAAAUGGCCUCCAAGACCAUGGCGAACAUCUUCAUUGAUGACACCAGCAGCGAGGUUCUGGACGAGCUGUACCGGGUCACCAAGGAGUUCACCCACAACCGCAAGGAGGCCCAGAAGAUCAUCAAGAACCUGAUCAAGAUCGUCAUGAAGCUGGGGGUACUGUACCGCAAUCGGCAGUUCACCACCGAUGAGCUGCGGCUGAUGGAGCAUUUCCGCAAGAAAGUGCACACCCUGGCCAUGACCGCCGUCAGCUUCUACCAGAUAGACUUCACCUUUGACCGCAGGGUCAUGUCCAGCGUGCUGAACGAGUGCCGCGACCUGCUCCACCAGGCCGUCAACACCCACCUGACGGCCAAGUCCCACUCCAGGAUCAAUCAUGUCUUCAACCAUUUUGCGGACUACGAGUUCCUGUCGGCGCUUUAUGGACCUUCUGAACCCUACCGCACCCACCUGCAGAGGAUCUGCGAAGGGGUCAGCAAAAUGCUGGAUGAGGACAACAUAUGAACCAGCAAAGACAAGGCCUGAGAGCAAACGUUUGGCUCUUUGCCUGACUCUCCAGGCUGCAUUCUGGUAUCCAUGAAUUCAACGGCAAGACGUCUGUUUUCAGUGGGGUCAGGCCUUCUCGCUCGCUCUUCCUCCACGGUGCUGAACGUCUUGCUCUUUCCUUUUUUUCUCAUGAAGACCAAGGACCCUUCACUUUCUGUCUAAAUGAGGUUGCAGUUUGCUGCUUGUUGUGGUAGCCGGAAUCUCUUCACCUCACUUUAGCUCCCUAGUGAAAUUAAAAUGAGACAAAGCAGCUUCUGUCUCUAUCCUACUGGGGCACAACCACACCAAAGGCAGGGUUGUUUGUAUGAGUAAGACUGGAGAAAAGGCUCUUUUUUUGCACUGGCUUGAGUCUCCACUUUGGAACCCAAUCCAGUGUCUAUAACCCAUCAGAGGCCAAGCCCCGCAGCCCUUACCCACAGUUCAUGAGUUCUCUGAUUAAAGGUCUUUGGUCUCACUGUAUAUAUUUUUAUCCACCAAGUGCUCUUAAACCCACAAUUCAGAGUCCAAGGAGUCCUGCUGUAGCAAAAUCUCUCUCACUUCUAAAUCUAUUUUCAUUCUGGUGAGGGGGGAAACCCACUAUGUCUUGUGUGUAGCUUGGUUAAGAUUAAUUCAAGCAGAGAGCAUGGAGGAGUGGUUCAGGUCUCCUGCCACUGCCAAGAUGUAAGGCUGUCUCUCCUGAAGUUCAAACCAGGCUGGCUGGGUUUCAGUACAGUUUCCCUGGCCAGCGUAGAAAAGGAUGAGCCAUAUUUAAAAUACUUUGCAAAGCAAUGCUAUGGUCUAGCACCCCUAGGCCUGGGAAAGUGUAUUAGCACUUGCAAGCAAGAAUCGGGUUGUUGUGUUUACCUCACUAUUGUCUCCCGGGAGGCCAAGAUCUGGAUAGUGGGAGGAUCUCACAUAGGGAUAGACCCUGCUUGGAUGGAUCACCCCACAAGUAGAGCCCUGCACGGAUACAAAAUUGGUAUCCACAUCUGCAAAUAUGGUCUGCAGAUAUAAAGUGGAUAUCUGCAGAUUUGCAGGGCUCUACCCACAGGCUCCCAGGAUGGGGAGGGACCAUUGAAUGGGAGAGAGGCUGCAAUGAGGGUGGUCAGGUUCAGACACAGUUGUGGUUUGAAGCUUAACACAGGUCAGGCCUAAACUAGGGGCUGGAGCAAGAAGUGGCCAUGCUCCAGGUAUCACUUGCCCCUCCUGACUGUUGCCCAGUGGGUACUUUGGGCCAGUGACAGAGGCAGCCUCUCCCUUCUGACUGAGAACGGUGGAGCAUUAUUUUCCAUCCAUGUUCCUUUCCCAUAGGGGAAAACAGGAGACUGUAUUUUCAAACCAAAUAGCAAAUGUGCACUUUCCUCCUCCUCCUCUGAAAUCCAAGCUGAAUUUCUCUGUCGUCAGCCUCUCCAGCUGAUUAUAUCAAUGUAAUUGUUUAGAUUUGGUCCUCGGGGACUUUCCCUAGUAUAUCAUAGGUUGGAAACAACGUCUUAGAUUCUAAUAAAUUAAAAAAAAAACAACCAUGUAGCCUGGUGAAUAAAUAAAUAAAGUUGCAUCUUCCACCUGA